CACAUCUACACAGUACUAGCCUCAAGGUACGUACGUCCACCGUCCACGCAAUCUUCGUCAACUGCUUCAAGGCCCGGCAUGAUGGCCUCGUGGGCCUCAUGGGAAAGGGAAUUGGAGACCUUGCUGGCCGGACUCAAAGGCUCAGUCAUCUCUUUUCUUUCUGUCGGCUUUAUUCUUUUCCCUUUCGUAUAUUCUCUCCCCAAGACGAUGGGUGCCCAAAGAGAUUGGACAAAGUGCUUGGUAGCUCCACGUUCGCACAUUUCGCUUGUUGUUGAUAAGAAAACCCGACCUGUAUGUGGGUGGACAGUUCCCACCUGGACUUCCAGUUUCAGUUCCUUAGUUCCCAGGGUAAAUCAACAACAUUGGACAAGGACAUGGACCGGGGUGCACCCAUAGCUAUGGGAAUGGCCUCGUAACACAGGGCAGCUAAGCAUAGCGAACAAGCAAUAAUAAUCACAAUAACUUCUGCGUACCUUGUCUCUCU